AUUGGUUGGUUGGGAUCGCGCGGACUUUUGUCGUUCUCCACAGAACUGUCUACGGUGGCCGCAUAGCCUCCUUGGGAACUUAGGUGUUCACCGGGCGGUGUAGAAGGCAAGAUGGCGACCGAGCCGCAUUCUGAGACCCCGCAGGCGGGGGAGCUUCCCCUGCCCGCAUACGGGGCCUGGUCCCCCAACGAGCUCCAGGCGAAGCUGGCGGAGAUCGGGGCGCCCACGCAAGGUAGCCGUGAGGAGCUGGUGGAACGGUUGCAGACAUACACACUUCAGACGGGUAUAGUGCUCAAUAGGCCAGUUCUGCGGGGAGAUGAAGGAGAGAAGCCAGCCCCACCCCCCAUGCCGGGACAGCUCUCCGGGAUCCCUCUGCCGCCGCCUCCGAUGGGGAUGCCACUGAUGCAGCCCCCACCACCCCCUCCGCCUCCCCCCGGCAUGGGCCUCAACUUUCCCAUGGGUGUGGGCCCCCCUCCACCGCCCCCUGGCCUGGGGCAGCCUCUUCGCAUGCAGGCAGUGGAUCCUUCUGCGUUGCCUGAGGAGGAGCGGCUGAAGCUGGCUCAGCAGCAAGCUGCCAUGCUGUUACAGCAGGAGGAGAGGGUGAAGCAGGCUGCUGUACUUAUGGAACAGGAGCGCCAUCAAGAGAUGUCCAAGAUGUCUCCCUCAGUACCAAGGUCUGCUCCAGACAUGGGCCCGAGACCUCAGGGGCUCCCAAGAGGGAGUACUCCUGUGGUAUCACCAAUAAGCCUGCCAGGCCCAAGACCCCGAGGCCCUCCACCUCCACCUGGAGAAGACAGUCGCGAGAUGGAUGACUCUGGUGUGGGUCCCAAGAUCCCUCAGGCCCUGGAGAAGAUCCUCCAGCUGAAGGAGAUGCGGCAGGGAGAGCUCACCGCUGUGCCCAGCGGUACAGAUGAUGACAUGGAGAUGGCCUCAGCCGGCAUCUCUGCUUCAGAUGCAGAGGAAGAUGCAUCCACUCUGUCCAAAAAAGAGAAAAACCGAAAACGGCGGAACCGGAAGAAAAAGAAGAAGCAGCAGACAGCCCAGAAAGAGGGCGCAGCUACCCAGGAGGCUGAAGGGCGUGGGAAAGAGUCAGGGGCUGAAGCCCCCGUGGAGAUUGAGUAUGUCACAGAGGAGCCUGAAAUCUAUGACCCCAAUUUCAUUUUCUUCAAGAGGAUCUUUGAGGCUUUCAAGUUGACGGAUGAUGUGAAGAAAGACAAGGAGAAGGAACCAGAAAAGGCAGACAAGGUGGCCAGUUCAGCUGCCCCCAAGAAGAAGGGCUUUGAGGAGGAACGGAAGGACAGUGAUGACAGCUCAGAUGACGAACAGGAAAAGAAGCCAGAAGCCCCGAAACUCUCCAAGAAGAAGCUGCGGCGAAUGAACCGCUUCACUGUAGCUGAACUCAAACAGCUUGUGGCCCGCCCUGACGUGGUGGAGAUGCAUGACGUGACAGCCCAGGACCCCAAACUCUUGGUCCACCUGAAGGCCACCCGCAACUCCGUCCCAGUCCCACGGCACUGGUGCUUCAAGCGCAAAUACCUGCAAGGCAAGAGGGGCAUUGAGAAGCCGCCGUUUGAACUGCCCGAGUUCAUCAAGCGCACAGGGAUCCAGGAGAUGAGGGAGGCCCUGCAAGAGAAGGAGGAACAGAAGACCAUGAAGUCCAAGAUGAGGGAGAAAGUUCGCCCCAAGAUGGGCAAAAUCGAUAUCGAUUAUCAGAAGCUGCAUGACGCCUUCUUCAAGUGGCAGACCAAGCCGAAACUGACGAUCCACGGGGACCUGUACUAUGAGGGCAAGGAGUUUGAGACCCGACUCAAGGAGAAGAAACCAGGAGACCUGUCGGACGAGUUGCGCAUUGCGCUGGGGAUGCCUGUGGGGCCGAAUGCACACAAGGUACCACCUCCGUGGCUGAUUGCCAUGCAGCGCUACGGCCCGCCACCCUCUUAUCCCAAUCUGAAGAUUCCAGGCUUGAAUUCACCGAUCCCAGAGGGAUGCUCAUUUGGGUACCAUGCUGGGGGCUGGGGCAAACCCCCUGUGGACGAGACUGGGAAACCGCUCUAUGGAGACGUCUUUGGGACCAAUGCCGCUGAAUUCCAGACCAAGACAGAGGAAGAAGAGAUUGACCGGACGCCAUGGGGGGAACUGGAGCCCUCUGAUGAAGAGUCGUCUGAGGAAGAAGAGGAUGAGGAAAGUGACGAAGAGAAACCAGAUGAGACAGGCUUCAUCACGCCAGCAGACAGCGGCCUGAUCACACCCGGUGGCUUCUCAUCAGUGCCUGCUGGUAUGGAAACGCCUGAACUCAUUGAACUGCGUAAGAAGAAGAUCGAGGAAGCCAUGGAUGGCAGUGAGACGCCGCAGCUGUUCACGGUGCUCCCAGAAAAGAGGACGGCGACUGUAGGUGGUGCCAUGAUGGGCUCCACUCACAUCUAUGACAUGACGACGGUGAUGAGCCGCAAAGGGCCAGUGCCAGAGAUCCAGGGCGUGGAGGUGGCCUUGGCCCCUGAGGAGUUGGAGCUGGACCCUAUGGCCAUGACACAGAAGUACGAGGAGCAUGUGCGGGAGCAGCAGGCCCAGGUGGAGAAGGAGGACUUCAGCGACAUGGUGGCCGAGCAUGCUGCCAAGCAGAAGCAAAAGAAGCGGAAAGCCCAGCCCCAGGACACCAGAGCCGGUGCCAAGAAGUACAAGGAAUUCAAGUUCUAGUUCCAGCAUCUGUCAGUCACUGUCUUUUGUUGUGUUUGUUUUUAAACCCCUGCCCCUCUCUGACCCCACCUGAACCUCCUCACGGCCAGGCACCUGUGGGCUGUCAUGCGCUUAUUGCCUCUGGCUAAUGACGUCGGUUAUUUUGUAAAUAAACUCAGAGUUGCUCUCUGGAGAUCUCGUUUUCCAAGCUAGUCACCCAUCUAGUCCCACUUUUGUACCGAUUUUUGGUACUGUUUUUUUUCAGGGACGGGCUGGGAAUAAAAGGGUAACUUUGGGCCCAGGGUUGUGGGGAAGUAGGCCUGUGAACACUCGAGGCUCUCGCAGAGUUUCCUUCUGUUAGAGCCGUCACAGGCCACUCCUCAUCCCCAGCACAGUAUCCAGGCAAAUGAUGCUGCCAGCAAGCUUCCUCUUUCCACUGCCGAUACCCAGAAUCAGCCCCUCUCCUUCCCCACCUUGUUGCACUCUCUUUCAGGGCUGCCUCCGAAGGCCUCCCUAGGUGAAGACUGGGAGGGGGGCAAGAUUGGGGUACUUUGCAAUGGCAGCUGGGGGGGGUGGUCACAGAGGAAUGUUGAUAUUGUUCCAACUGUUCAGGGCCUCUUCUUUCCAGUCCUUUGAACUACAAACUAAAGGUUUCUGCAGAAUGAGAAGCAUUGGCUAACACGGAAUGCUGCACACCAGGAGAUUCCAAAAGAUUCCUAUUCUGAAUGGCGGGAACACUCACUCCGUUGCUUCCCCCACUUUCUUGGUGCACAAAGGAGGGACAAGCUGAACUUGUUGUGUUCUCUGUUGAAAGUAGGAACCAUUUAGAAGGUCUUUCUCCCUGUUUUCUGCUAUCCUGUUUUCUUCCGUAAGUCUUCUGUCCAGUUGCUGAGGCGCUUCCCUAAAUUCUUGUUCGGAGACCAGAGAGGGUAUGGUGGGCAGGGGGGGAUGAUUCUCUUCAAGUCCCUUCGGCUUCUGUUCCUUUUCUCUCCC